AUGUUUCCCCCAUACCCACAUAGUUGCCUGCACACACAGUAUGCCCUCUUUGUCUCCUUUCUCCUCUCUCUGGACGCCUUAGCUGGUCAGAUCAACAGGACGAUCGAUGAUCAAUACGGCGACUCAUCCACCGGUAUCCAGCCAAGUUACUCGAGCAACUGGAACUUUGGUCCAGAAUGCUCUAUCUGUGCUCUUCAUCCGAGUGCGAGCGAUGCAUUUGACGGUACAUGGCACGAUACGACUUCAAAUGCUACGGAUCCCACGCAGCCCUAUGUGACGCUGGACUUCACUGGAACCGACAUCUGGGUGUAUUGUAUCAUUGUCAACAGCGCCAGCGCGGCCGACAUCGUAACAUUCACCAAUGUUACCUUCGAGUUGGACGGCGCAGUGGCCGGCAGCUAUGCCCAUGAACCCGAUGCGACCGCCAGUCAAUACGUAUACAACGUUUCGGUCUUCAGUCAAACGGGCCUCAGCAAUACGGAGCACAAGCUGGUCAUGAGUACGGUGCAGGGAUCCCAGUCGUCCGCCCUGUUGUUUGACUGGGCCAUGUACACCUUCGACGAUGGCAACACUAGCACAACGACUUCGACCACCCAGACCACAGUUUUGUCAACUAUGAGCUCGGGAUCGACAGGUCUGUCCACAGCUGUGACGACUGUGAGCCAAACCGCAUCGACGUCGAGCAGUCCAACUGCUGCUGCAGAGCUCAACACGUCCCACCACAGUGGACCAGCCGGAGCAAUCGCUGGCGGUGUAAUCGGCGGUCUUGCUUUCGUUACCAUUUGUGUCCUCCUCGCGGUCUGCUUCCGCAGAAAGCGAGCGGCGUCAUACGUGGAUGGAAGAAAUAGCCGGGAGAUCGACCCAUUCUUUGAGACUUCGCAUCGCAUUCCUCGAGGCAUGGUUUCCUUGCACGACCUCCCCCCAACCUCACAUGGAGGAACACUAGUAUCACACAAGGGCGCUGCUGGUGUAGGUCUCAGCGCUCCUGUGUCUAUUAGUUCAUCUAACAGCGGACGUCUCAACGAGAGGCACACUCCGUCCAUAUCCUCAGGCCACGACCAUCUGGAGCGCGAGGCGGCAGAACUCCGACAGCAAGUUGCGACCUUGCGCUCGGCUGUCAACAGUACGGCGCCAGGCGGCACAUACGCAACGGAGAGCAGACCAUCCGUUCCUGCCAUGUCCGCAUCCUCUGGGCUCACGGGCGCGGAGGUUGAGCAAGAGCUAAGGAGGGAGAUGGCGACGCUGCGGGCGGAGAUGGCGCAGUUGAAGGAAGAGACGGACGAUGUCAGGCGGGGCGAGCCACCUCCUGCAUAUAUGUGAGCUUGGGGAAGUUUCGUAAUAUCUCUUUUCUAGGUUUCGUGCAUGUCACCGGGC